AUGAGCUCAAAGUCCGUCUCGCCGUCAGUCGUUCCUUCUGGCUCGAAAGGCACACCCAGCAUCAAACACACAGCCAAACGGCGCCGAAGGUCCGCCUCAACAGGCGGCAAAUCUUCAAGCAGCUCGUCUGGUAGCGAGCUGGAUGAUGAGCAGGACAUGGCAGGAAGCGGUUUGCUAGGUGAUGGAGAAGCUGAAGCGCUGCUCGCGGAUGCUAAGGAGGAUUUAGCGGGUCAGACAAGCGGAAAGAGGCGCAGGACGAACCAGGCCGGUACUAAAUAUAAGUGAGCAGAGGACUAGAAUGGUGUAUGGACAAACGAGAAGAGCUGAGCUUCAUUGCUCCUUCCCUAGCUUUGAAACGACUCGAGCUGAAGCCCGUGAGCAGGCUGCGCAUGUCAAGAGCGCAGUAGAUGACGUGGCCUGGAAAGCGUUUCAGGAUCAAAGCGAUCAUGACUCGAACGUCGCUAAGGCACCUCCAGAAACCCGCACCAUAGAAGUGCCUCGCACUUUCCGUUUCGCUGGUGAAGACGUCUUGUGAGUCGCUCGGUGAGGUGUGCGCAUAUACGGAAUGAUGCUGAUGGAACAAUCUCGCUGCGCCAUCACAGGAAGUACGUGACACUACCCGUCAACCAUCCUGAUGCUGUAUCACAUCUCGCUCGACUCAAGCAGGCAGAAGCGAGCAGAGACCAACCAAGUGGUGCGCCUCACUCCUCGGGCUCUACACCGAAUACCGCGCCCCCGUCGAAUGGCGCUUCUGUCACCACAUCUGCUUCCUCGCUUCCAGCACCCGUCCGAGCCGGUCCUCGCAAGAAGCGUGGGGGAGGUCUAGCGGCACUAGCUUCUCGUACAGGGAACAGUGCCCCUUCCAAAAUGACGACUCUAGAGAAGAGCAAAAUGGACUGGGACUCCUUCAAAGGUGUUGCAACGUCAGGCGCAUUGGGCCGGUCUGAGAACGCUGAGGGUCUGACAGAAGCUGAAGUGGCAGAGAUGGAAGCUCAAACAAGGGGCGGUGCGAGCGGCUUGGGCAACAUCAAGGGAUAUUUGGAAAGGCGGGAUUUCUUGGAUCGAGUCAGCGCAAGGACGGAAGCUGCUGAGGAGGGUGCAAAAGGGGACGCUAGUGGUAGGCGACGAUGAUAUCAUGGCGUUGCUCCCAUGGCACCAACUCUCGAGCUCAGACAUGUGCAUCGGCUCUGCUCUAUCAUCGUUCAAUGCCAUGCAUUGUGCUAUCCAAAUUUUUACCAUUUCAGUUGCAACGCUUAGCCAACGCAAGUAAGUUCGUCUGCCUCGCAACGCCAGGUGGAUGUCAACCGAUGCCCGACAUGCGUGUCUCUUGAUUGUGACUGGUGGGAGGCCGAUUCAGCGAGCGACGUGCCCGGCCGGCGCGCGUCAACGGCGGCCUAUACCCUCAGCGAGAAGAUUCGCGCGCUGGCUGCAGACUCACUACUCACGACUGGAUGCUCGCUCGCAAAGGACGCAACUUACUCCUCGUCUUUCGUUCUUGUCACGAAGCAGUCUGUGAGUGACCGACAACUCGCGCGCGGCUCGAGCCCUCGAACCUUGCAGGUCAGCCAGCAUCUGCUGACGAGCUUCGAGCGCGACACGAAUCUUGCUGUUCACGAGUUCAUGCGACACUCACACUCACACUCACACUCGUCACCACUCACACUCCCGACUCCCGACUGCUGCUGUACGGUAUGCCGGACACGUCGCUUGCGCCAGCCUCUCUUGGCUCGCGACGCCCGGCUGCAUAUUCACGCCAACGUACAUGUAGGCGCUCACGUAGGCGCGCCCGCAUAAACUCGUGACUCGUGACUUGUGACUCUUCAUCUUCCGCCCGCCUUUUGAUCAAAAGUGUGAGUCGCAGUGCUGAAAGCUUGUUCUUGACAUCACGCUCGUCAAUCGAGCCUCUCGCGGACUGAUCUCCCAACACCUCAAAGCCCGGCCCAAUUUGGAAGAGAGACCAAACCGGACACUGCCGAGCUCUUGCUCGGGCCAUGAAAGCAGCACGUACAAUUCGGGCGCACGAGACUCAGCCCAACGAUUCACGAUUGUGAGACGCCGCGACCGAGGAUGGAGAGAGCCCACGAUCGAGCGGGCUUGAGGUAUCAUGCAGUGCAAGGCGUUUACACAUCAUGCAGCCCACCCACACUCGUUCUUCUGCCUUCAGUCGAAGCUCCUCUGUGUGACAAUCUUGGAAUUUCGGUUGCAUCACUGGGCGUCCCCGCUAGCAUCGCAAGAACAUUCACAGUACUCUGCAGAGGCUGAGAGGACAUUUACAAAAUAUCCGUGGUAGCAUAUUGUGCAGAUUGGUUAGCACGGACCGUACGUAGGAAAGCUAUAAGAAGACGGUCCAGCUCGGCCUCUACCCGUUUUCAACUUCUCCCAAGGAACUGGUUUCCCUCUUUGCCUUUACCCAAUCGCUCCACCUCUCCCUACUUCCCCGCCCUUCACGCCCCUACCGAUCUACUGGUGAGUAUCCCUGACGGUGGAUGACAUCCAGAGGCAUGCUCACGCCCCUUCCAUUGUAUGCUCUUGAUACAGGCUGGAUCACACUCUUUACAGACACCGUUGCAAGCGCCAUGAAGUCUAUUCUCUUCGUUACGGUGCUCAUCGCGUCCCUGGCCACCUUCUCCUUGGCCCUUCCAUUCGGCGACCCGAGUGCUGCCUUUUCAUUCACCGUCGUUCAGGAUCGCUCGCUCAACCGCGAGGAUGCCGCACUCAUCAAGCGCGUGCUGGCAAGCCAAGGAGCUUGCGGUUGCGCGAUCAGUCAAAGCGCCAUGAUGGAAUCCUGUCCUGCCGGAUCAAAGGCCAUUGGAAGCAGCUGCUGUGGCCACCCCAUCUGCUCUAACGGUGCUAGGCCCACCAAGCCCGACUUUCAAGGUGUGACUGGUGCGCUCAAGCAGAGGAGGUCCUUCAGCUUCAAAAGGGAACCUCUGGACUCGCUCGGUAAAGGCAAUUGUGCACUGGUCAAGUGUGCUAUGCGCAAUGAGCCUCGCCCUACUUGCUCUGGCGGUGAGGAGCCCAUCGCCAACGAAGGCUGCUGCGGUACCAGCUACAGAUGUCCUAGCGGCCGAAAGAGUCUUCUUGGUGGAGCCAGUGAAACGCUGAACAACGCUAAGCGCCAAAACGCUCCGGGGCUUCUCAUCGCUCCUGUUCCGAACGACCUCGAGAAACGUCUCAUUUCCACUGGCAACAGGACGCACAAAGAGCUUUCCGAACUCAAGUCGUGCGCUUGCGCUUAUAGGCCUGCGGGACCUCCGCCUACUUGCAAAGGAGGUGCUAAGCCUACGCAGUCCGGGGGCGCAUGCUGCGGACCUCGCUGGAGCUGCCCUAAUGGUCAGGAAGAAUUGCCGUCCGCCCUAUUCGGUCGAGACCUUGCAGCAAUGGACGGCCUGGAGGAGCUCGAAGCACGCCAGAGCUCUGGCAUCAGCCAGUCGCCUCCUGCUUCUCACCCACCUAGAGAUGUCUACGCUGCCGAAGAGGGAGCCGAUGUCGCCCCGGAACAAUUCGAGAGGUCGACGUCCGUGGUGAGGGUCGAGUCUAGACAAGCAUCUGGCAUUGGGCAAUCUCCCCCUGCCUCGCACCCACCCAGAGCCGUGAUCCCCUCUGACGUCGACGAGGAAAGUAAGCGCGCAGAGCUAGGCGAGUCGGCGGACGAAGAACUGCCUUCUAUCUUGGCCAAUUUUGCGAGAACUCUGCCACAGGUAGAGACCACGCCGUAG